AUGGACAGGCGGCCGACACUGCUGUGCCCGGUGCAAAACGCAGCAACUAUUCUGGGCCCUGAUGGCCGCAGGCAGCUGCGCUGGGAGAAGAUAGAGUACGUCUUCCUGAUCAUCUUUACCAUUGAAGCCACACUCAAGAUCAUCGCCUAUGGGUUUCUACUUCACACGGACGCCUACCUCCGAAACGGCUGGAACGUGCUGGACUUCGCCAUUGUCUCUUUGGGGCUGGUCACGGUGGUUGUGGAGCAGAUCAACGUGAUGCAGGGCAUACCGCCGUCGGGGAAGGGUGGCUUUGACGUCAAAGCCCUGCGAGCCUUCCGCGUGCUGAGACCCCUGCGCCUGGAGUCGGGAGUGCCAAGCCUGCAGGUGGUCCUGAACUCCAUCAUCAAGGCCAUGGUGCCCCUGCUCCACAUCACCCUGCUGGUCCUCUUCAUGAUCAUCAUCUACGCCAUCGUCGGGCAGGAGCUGUUCAAGGGAAAGUUGCACAAGACUUGCUACUACAUCGGGACAGAUAUCAUUGCCAAAGGGGAAAUGGAGAAGCCAUCCCCGUGCACCACCAACAGCCACGGGUAUCACUGCACCCUCAACGGCACUGAGUGCAGGAGUGGGUGGCCAGGGCCCAACAACGGCAUCACCCAUUUUGAUAAUUUUGGCUUCGCCAUGCUGACUGUGUAUCAGUGCAUCACCAUGGAGGACUGGACGGAAGUCCUCUACUGGGAGUGUGGGCUGAGGGCAGCUUGA